GGCCGCAGCGGGCGCGGCGGGGGAACGAGAUGAGCAGCGCCGGCGCCGCUGCAAGAUGCUGGAUGGACACGUCCUGCUGGGAUGGCUCUCCUCCUGCGCGCUCCUAGGGCUGCUCGCCUGCGCCCCGCGGCCCUCCGCCGCCUACUUCGGGCUGACGGGGAACGAACCCCUGACCAUCCUCCCUCUGACCUCGGAAAUGGAGGAGGCGGCCGUCAAGGCCCACUACAAGGUGUGUGACCGCCUGAAGCUGGAGAAGAAGCAGCGGCGGAUGUGCCGGCGCGACCCCGGCGUGGCCGAGACCCUGAUGGAGGCCAUCAGCAUGAGCGCCCUGGAGUGCCAGUACCAGUUCCGCUUCGAGCGCUGGAACUGCACCCUCGAGGGCCGCUACCGCGCCAGCCUCCUCAAGAGAGGUUUUAAGGAGACAGCCUUCCUGUACGCCAUCUCCUCGGCGGGGCUGACCCACGCCAUGGCCAAGGCGUGCAGCGCGGGGCGCAUGGAGCGCUGCACCUGCGACGAGGCCCCCGACCUGGAGAACAGGGAGGCCUGGCAGUGGGGAGGCUGUGGGGACAACCUCAAGUACAGCAACAAGUUCGUCAAGGAGUUCCUGGGGAGGAAGCCCAACAAGGACCUGCGAGCCAGGGUGGACUUCCACAACAACCUGGUGGGCAUGAAGGUCAUCAAAGCCGGCGUGGAGACCACCUGCAAAUGCCACGGCGUGUCCGGAUCCUGCACCGUCAGAACGUGCUGGAGGCAGCUCUCCCCCUUCCACGAGAUCGGGAAGCAGCUGAAGCAGAAGUACGAGACCUCGCUCAAGGUGGGCAGCACCACCAACGAGGCCACGGGGGAAGGCGACAUUUCCCCCCCUAAAAAAUCCACCCCCGGCCACAGCGAUCAAAUCCCAAGGACUACGGAUCUCGUCUACAUUGACGACUCCCCGAGCUUCUGCCUGAUGAGUCGGUAUUCCCCCGGGACCUCGGGACGGAAGUGUUACAAGGACAAGAACUGCGACAGCAUCUGCUGCGGCCGGGGCCACAACACGCAGAGCCGGGUGGUGACGCGCCCGUGCCAGUGCCAGGUGCGUUGGUGCUGCUACGUGGAGUGCAAGCAGUGCACCCAGAGAGAGGAGGUUUACACCUGCAAGGACUGACACAACCUGCGGCUUCUGCUGCACGGCCGCCCCCGGGGAUGGGCCAGCUUGGAGAACUGCCUAUGGAGACAAACAGGGUUUGAUUGACCUUCUGGCAUCUGGAAGCUAUGUUGAGACAUGAGCACUUUGUAGGGUACAGGUGACCCAGCUGUGUUGCUGUUUUGUUUUGGGGUUUUUUGUUUUGUUUUUUUUUUUGUUUUGUUUAUCCUGUAGACUGAAUUUUCAUGAGGUCCAACCGUGUGGAAAUAAGUGCCUGUCACACUGGGGUUAGACACCAGUUGACCUUCACCUUCGUUGUCUACGUAGUUUGACGGAUCAUUUCUCCUUGGAACGUUGUUUCAGCCAUCCUCCAUGAACUCCUGGGCUAAGAGAUUCCCUUUGGCAUGAAUAUCCUGUACUUCUUUAUUCCUGGAGCUUACCCAUCUGCUUAGAGAGCUGAUACAAAAGAUCUUUCCACUCUUGAGUGCGGUGGUGCUGGAAGCGGACAUUUAUUUCUCCUAAAACUGGAGAGCGAUUUGUAGGGAAUGAUAGGUUCUUCCAGUGGAGUUUCUGCACAUGGAGCAAACCAGGCUCUGACAAAGACACCCACUGGGAGCAUCAGCUCUUUAAUGACAGCUCCAGAUCCAUGUGCAUCGUCACCACGUACAGCUCGGAAACGUUGGGUCCACUACGCUGCAGACAGAAAUAGAUCCAAGAAAGAGGUUGGGAAGACAGCAGAACACCAGACGUGCCUGUCCCCUUCAGUCCAAUCCCGUUCUUUAUUUAAAACAAUUCACCCAAAUGCAGGCUCUUUAGCACUAUCGCUGUCUUAAAUUUAAUUUUUUUUUUAAACCACUAGAUACUUGUGUUUCAUUUUCACUUCGCGCAUGAUUUAUUUUUCUCUCCUCUUCCCACCUCUUGCUGAUGGAGGUCAACCUGUGGUAACUGCUUCAGAAAUCCCAACUGGAACUUGUUGAGUCUUAUGCCAGCUGAAUUUGGACGUGUUUCUCUUGAGUAGGACAAGAGGAAUCCGAGUGCCUCUUGGAAGCUGGGGCUGUCUUGCCUUGUGGAGCAGCCGUUUUGGCCUGGAUCAGACCUCUGGAGGAGUUGACUUUUCUUUCCUAGGUCAUCAUUCCAUUUACUCUAAACCAUGGCAGUGGUACAUGACACAAGCUGUAUGUAAACCCUAUGACCUUAAGAUGAUUUUUUUUUUUUAACCACUAGAUCGAGAGCUGUACUUUAAAAACACACCUGCUAAAUCCUAACAAACUCAUGGAUUUGGAAUAACCAAUCGACACAGAGACAACCUGAGCGAAGCCAGAAAUUUGACUGCAGGGGUUCAUCACUCCAACGCUGUGAAACACAUGACAACCUCCAGCAUUUCUUUUUUGCUUGGAAGAGGAGAUUUACAAUCCAGGACUUGGCGUGCCAAUAUUCUUUGUAUAAAAGUGGAUUGGAGGCAGCCAGCAAAUGCCUGAAUUAAGCUUUCUAAGGAAAAAAUGGGGAGCAGAGGGUGUUUUGUUUGAUUUUUGGUAGCAAUUUUUGAUUGUCCAGUAGUAGCAAUUUCCACCAAGUUUCUAUAAGCCAUUGAUCUGGUGUUCAAAAGAGGAGAUUCUCAAGCAUUAGUAAAUAUUAGUAAGACAAAAUGAGAGCAAUUUGCCAAGACGAACUGUUAUUUUUCAGUCUUUUUUUCCUUAUUUUUAU